UUCGAGCCGUCCCCUACAUUGUCUCUCUCAAACGCAGCAAAAAGCUUCAGAAGCGAUUGUUUGCAGAGAUGGCGAAUCCGAGAUGGCGUUCUCAGACCAGCGGAUAUGAAACCAUGAUUCUGGCCGCCAAGAUUGCCUUUUGCUUCCUUGGCAUCCUCUCCUUCGGCGCCGCCGCCAGAGUCGCCGUCCCCGCUGCCAUCGGGGCGCUAGCCUCUGCCCUCCCGGGAUCCUUGUCCUUCCUUCACUCGUGGAUCGCCCCUCCAUACCUGCUCGUAGCCAUCCAUUUCAUUGUACUUGUCAUUUGGAAGCUCUCUGAACAGCAGCAGCAGCAGCACCACCACCACCACAGCGAGCAAUGGAAGGCGCAGGAGAGGAAGACGGAGCCCGAGAAUCCUAGAAAAAUCGAGUGUUUUGAGCCGAUUCCUGAUGCGAGCCUUCUCCGGACUCCCUCGCCUGAGAUCUGCCGCGACGAAAUCUCGAUAUCUCCGAAGACGGCGGCGGCGGUCCCGGGGCCGGAACUCGGUGAGUCCUCGUCGUCCGACGCGUCGUGCCUCACGAAAGAAUCAGACGAAAGAUCCAUGGCUUCGUCGGUGUUUUUGGCGAAAGAGACCGUGGAACCGGAAUCCAAGAGCAGCAUUGCGGUGGCGGAAGCGGAGGACGUGCCGGCCGCCGCGGGCAAAGCAGGUAUGGAGGACGUUUCGAUGAACGCCACGUGGAAGGCGAUCAUGGAGAAGCCGUCUCGGGCGGCGGCGGAGCGGGCCGCGAGACGACCGGAGGAGGCUCCCCCAUCCGCGAGUCACGACGAGUUGAACCGGCGAAUUGAGGCUUUCAUCAAGAAGAACUACGAGCAGAUCCGGCUUCCCAGCAGCCGGCGGCGGCAGCUAGAUAUGGCAAUCGACACGUCAUAUUAAUGUCCAUCUCCCGACACAAACUUACCAAAUAACUCGUUAAUCGUUAAAACCCUAUUAAUUAACGGUAUUAGUGGAG